CUGAAUAGCAAUAAUACUGGCCUCUGCUUUGAAGCUGCAGCUAUGAUGCUUUUUGAGUGGAUGAUUUCCUGCUGUUUUGAUGUACGGAUUAUUUUGUCUGUGCUACUUUUAUUGCUUCUUUUUUAUUUAUGUGUUGCAAGGAAAAGCCAGCUUCCAUCUGUGGAUCCUAAAGGAAGAGGGGUGUUCAUCACUGGCUGUGAUUCUGGUUUUGGGAACCUGCUAGCUCGCAGGCUGCACAGUUUGGGUUUUACAGUCUUUGCUGCCUGCUUGUUUCCAGAUGGAGAAGGAUCACAGGCUCUCAAAGAUUCUUCACGCGGCCAGAUUAAGGUUAUAAAACUUGAUGUUACCAGUGAUACAGAAAUGGCUGAAGCUAAACAGUUUGUGCAAGAUAAUCUACCUGAAAAUGGUUUGUGGGGACUAGUAAAUAAUGCAGGCAUAUCUAAGUGGGGCAUGUCAGAAUGGCACUCCAUGGACCAAUAUCAAAAAGUUAUGGAAAUCAAUGUACUUGGAAGUGUAAGGACAACAUUGGCAUUUGCUCCACUCAUUAGAAAAAGCAAAGGACGUAUAGUGUUUUUAUCAAGCGUAAAUGCACAUAUAUAUUCAAUAAAUAGCAUAUAUUGUAUGUCGAAGGCUGGACUUGAAAUGUUCUGUGACUGCUUUCGAUUGGAAAUGAAAAGAUUUGGAGUGCUGGUAAGCAUUAUUCAACCAGGAAAUUAUGCCCCUGCUACCAACAUUCAACCUCUGAGGUCUGCAGACAAUGUUUGGAAUGAACUUAGUGAAGAAAUGCAGGACAUCUAUAACAAAGAAUUUGUAAAAAAGCUCACAGAUUUUGUGAAUAAAGAAUUGCUUAAAGGAAGUAACAAAGGACAUGAGGUUGUGGAUGCCAUAGUAGAUGCCCUUGCAUCAUCUAAACCAAAGACCCGUUAUCUUGUUGCUAAUAUGAUGGAAAUGAUUGGAGUCAUCUUGUGCUCAGUUUGCCCAACCAGUCUUGUGGAUGCCAUAUUAAAUAAUGCAAUGGACCUGUAAAUGUAGUUAAUAAUGAGUCCUUUUUUUAUCCAUCAUUGGUUUAGAUUUGCAUGUUGUUGUUUUUUAUUUUAGAAUGCAAUAUAGUUAUAUAUUGACCUUUAAUAAAACUUACUAGAAAUCUAAAUUAACAACAACUUUUUAAUUAAACUCUAAUACCCUUUGCUGAACAAUCACCUAAGUUGCUUAUGUCGUAUUCCUCAGCCUAGGGGUUGUCACUAAAUCAGUGUUUAGCAACAGAUGUAUGAUUCUCAUAAAAGGAGCAAAGGAUAGAAAAAGAUGCUGUAAGAAUUUAUCCUUAAAAUAUAAAUAUUAUAUGCCUUGAUUAGACAAAACCCUAACUAUAGACAAAUAUUUAAUCUGGGUUAUCAAAAGAUCAAUACAUACCUUGAGAGCUGAAGGUAUCAGAUAACAAAAGCUUAAUACAAAUUCAAAGCUUAUAUACACAAUUUAAAACAAACAAAUCAGAGCAUACCAUAAGUGAAAGGCUAAUUCUAUUUAUGUUAACUACAUUAAAAAGACUUUAUAAUUUUGGCUGACAUAUAGAAAAUUCUAUUUUAACUUGUUCAUGCGCAGUCUAUAGUGAGUUAAUAAUAAUGUGUCUUGAUUGACAGAGCAACGGAAUGUACAUGUAAUGCAGUGCCUUUGAAAAAGCAUUAACCCAUUACUAACUAAAUUCUGACUAAUCCUAUCUAUCAGCAAAAUUACGAGUUUUGCGGUAUGAGUGAAAAAAGCAGCGUUAUGGCUCUUUUUCACUACCGCUGGUAUUACGAGUUUUGCAGGUUUAGCUGCACUGUGCACUAUUUUGGCCGUAACGCAACAUAACUACCGCAGCUUUCAAAAAGUCCUUUGCGCCGGUAUUACGAGUUUGCCUGGGAGGCCAAAAACUGAGUGGUACAGCCAAUACCGUCAAGAUCCAUACUGUAAACUGAAAGUCAGUAGUUAUGAGUGUUACGCUACAACGCCGUAACAUAAAACUCAUAACUAAAGUGCUAAAAAGUACACUAACACCCAUAAACUACCUAUUAACCCCUAAACCCAGGCCCUUCCGCAUCGCAAAAAAAUUAAAUAAAAUUAUUAACCCCUAAUCUGCCGCUCCUGACAUCGCCGCCACUAGAAUAAACAUAUUAACCCCUAAACCGCCGUACCCCCGCAUCGCAAACACUAGUUAAAUAUUAUUAACCCCUAAUCUGCUGCCCCCAAUGUCGCCGCCAUCUACCUACAUUUAUUAACCCAUAAUCUGCCGCCCCUAACAUCGCCGCCACCUACCUACAUUUAUUAACCCCUAAUCUUCCGCCCCCAACGUCACCGCCACUAUACUAAAAUUAUUAAACCCUAACACUCACUAACUUUAAUGUAAUUAAAAUAAAUCUAAAUAAAACCUACUUUUAAUAACUAAAUAAUUCCUAUUUAAAACUAAAUACUUGUAAAACAAAACCCUAAGCUAGCUACAAUAUAACUAAUAGUUACAUUGUAUCUAGCUUAGGUUUUAUUUUGUUUCCAGGUAAGUUUGUAUUUAUUUUAACUAGGUAGACUAGUUAGUAAAUAGUUAUUAACUAUUUACUAGCUACCUAGCUAAAAUAAAUACAAAUUUACCUGUAAAAUAAAACCUAACCUGAGUUACACUAAAACCUAACCUUAGACUACAAUUAAAUAAAUUAACCCUCUAGGUUAAACUAAACUGCCAAUAGCCCUUAAAAGGGCCUUUUGAAGGCAUUGCCCCAAAGAAAUCAGCUCUUUUAUCUGUUAAAAAAAAAAUACAAACAACCCCCCAACAGUAAAACCCACCACCCACACAACCAAACCCCCCAAAUAAAAUCCUAACUAAAAGAACCUAAGCUCCCCAUUGCCCUGAACAGGGCUGCCCUGAACAGGGCUGCCCUGAACAGGGCAUUUGUAUGGGCAUUGCCCAUACAUGAAACUGGGUCAGCUUUUUUUUCUAACACAGUAUCUUUGAGCCCUUUAUAACUUUUGUGUGCAAUAUUUUUUUUUCAAUAUUUUUUAAUCGACAGUGUUAAUAUGAGUGUAACUGUACUUUGUAAUGUAUUUUGACAUAGUGCAAAACUGUAAACUACAGCACUUUGAGCGCGAAAAGGAUUGAUGCGUAAAAUACCUGCAAAAUAGAAAUUGAUUGCGAGAAGACCACAUUGCGCGCAGAAAAUGGCUAUUUGUAAUCUUGCCCAACGUGUUUAAUAUAAGCAGGGAGUAAAUCCAUUAAGCAGCUGCUAUUUCUUGCAACGUUGAGUAGAACUCAACGCACUAGAGCAAUCAACAGUUCAUAUAUUCGCUAACCCUGCUUCUAUAUUAAGCAACAUAACAAACAACAUUUUCUUAGGGAAUUUGAUUUUUAAAGAUAACGCUAAUACAAAUGGGAAUGUAAGGAAGUAACAAGAGAGAAGGAGAGCAGGAGAUCGUGAAGGAGAGUAUCUGGAGACAAGGUCUGAAAUGUAGGAGGGAGCAGUGUAGUUGAGGGCCUUGUAUGUCAGAGAGAGGAUUUGUGUUUAAUCCUGGAGACAAGAGGAAGCCAGUGAAGGGAUUGGCAGAGAGGUGGUUGCAGCAGAUGAAGAGCGACGUGUAAGGAAGAUGAGCCUGGCAGAGUCAUUAAUUAUGGAUUUUAAUAGAGCUAGACAGCAGCUAGGGAGACCAGAGAGGACGGAGUUGCAGUAGUCAAGGCGGGAAAGGAUGAGAGAGUGGAUUAAAAUCUUAGCUAUGGGGGGGCGGAGCUACCAUUGAAGAGGAACAGACAUGUUUCUUAGAGCUCCCGCUUGUAUAACUCAUAAAUUUAAUCCUAUUGCAACUUUUUCUAAAAUCUGAUAUCUCAAAUUCAUAAGACUUGAUCUAUAAAAAUUUGAGAUCACAGAGAUACCAAGAUUAUACAGUUGAGUUGAGCGGGAGCUACGACACAACACUACUGCCAGAUGCGGCCCUGAUCCUGGAAACUAAUAACACUGCCUUCACCAUCUUACUUUGUUAUCUAAGCUAAGAAGGAGCAGGCUGUCACAUUAACAAGUUACAAGCAAGUUUACAGCGACUGAUAGUUUAAACCCCACAUAUAUAACUUUGAGGCUUUCCUAUUAUAUACAUGGAGUACCUUGAUAGAUGGGAGACAAAAGUGGCGCAGCUAAUGGAGGAUCACUUUACCUCACUACGCCGAGAACUCUGCACCUUAAUUGAUCUAGUAGGGGGGAAGUCGCAUCUUGGGGAGAGCCGUCAGACGCCAUACAGAGUAACUCAAAAGCAUAGGCGAGAAGACACCACCCAGGAGAAGACUGGGGAUAACAGCCGAUCGACUAUGAUGCCAAGACAGGAUCCCCACCGUGCAGCUCAGUUACAGCUCUUGAGUGUUCUCCCGGCAUCCAACUUAUCAGCAGCUAGAAAAGAGGUCGCGACAUUGUCUGGCCCUCCCCAAAACGUUCAGCUUAGUAAUCCUGGCUUUCUACUCAUUAAUAGGAGCACUUUGCAACAUCCACGGAGCAUACCUGGAGAUACCAGCCUCAACUCUCUGAGAAGAGAGUCCUCCCACACCAAGGAAUCAAUGGACACAUCACAACAGUCUGUAAGAAGACAGCGGCAGUUCAGAGAUGCUCUUGUCCCUCUCAAGGCAGCCCUUAACACCCAUGCAGAGAACCGGGGCUCCCUAGAAAAGGAGAUACAGUGGGCCGGCAGUUCCGAAUUUGGAUGCAGAGAGAGGAUUCCGAAAACGGCAGACGCUUGAGUUUCUCGGAUAUUUCUACCCACACCACAGUCCUAGAGUAUUACGCCCCCUCACAUGGAUCCCCAUGUAAAUGGUUCCAAUGGGACACCCUGGAGCCUCUAAAGGCAGGAGUAGGCUAGCUAUGAAUGGUUCGAUGCAGAUGGUAACAGAGUCAGAGCUAUGUCCUGCUUUCCAUGUGACUUAGUGAUGUUACUCUAGAGAGCUUAAAAAAACAAACAAACAAGUUUAAACAGUUGUUUACUUUGCUGGACUCUAUGUCAAUUUUUUUAGCGGUCCUAGUUCAACCAUAUGUUUUCACUAUAAAAGUUAUUGGACAGUGGGUGGAUUUUAAUGAGGAAUUCUUAUUUUAGCUAAAAAUAAGCAACUAGUCACAGCACAUUAAUGCCCCUUACAGCCUGAUUUCUUUAGUCUCCUCUGCCUCUAAUAAUACCCAUACCCCCCACAUUAUAUAUAAUUUUGUACUACCCUAAACAAUUCAGUUCACUUUUUUAAAAUCUAUAGUCUACAGUUUUGUUUUGUUUUUGUUAUGAUAUUAUUUACCCAGUUGCCAUCUUUGUUUAUGACUAAUUUACACUACUUUUAACUUGCCAUGUUAGGCUAUUAAGUUUUGAUGACAUUUGUAUCUUAUAGAAUGCCUGUAUUUCUAGCUAUCUCAUACUACAUUAGGAUAUUUGUACUCCUAGAUAAUUGUACUCCCUAGGCGGAAGUUAUUAUUAGGACAGUUUACCUAUUUCUGUUGGGCCCCUCUCCUCCCUUUCCCGACGGUACUUAUUGCCUGCGGGUCAUACCCCUACUCCUUUUCCCCACAUCGCCUAUAGCUGGCAUCUCCCCUGGAGAGGGGCUCAUGCCAAAGUCCUCCGCAUUCCAUAUAUAUUAAUAUCCCCACUUACACAUAACUUUGGCAGGAGUUACCUUUAUUCAUUUGUUACCUUUGACCUCUCCUGUAUUUUACCAUGUCUCACGUUUAAAGCUGACGUGCUUUAUUUAACGGGUACUUAGAAAUAGUAAUAUAGUCUCUCUUUUAAGAUAAAAUAUCCACUUUAGUUUAUUUCAAUGCAUGGCAACCUGCAUUAGACUCAAUAUACCUAAGGUUAUGGUUAUGGCAUGUAUUUAAGGUUGCUCUAUGUACUGAGAGCAGGUUUAUUUCCCUCUUUCCUAUAUAUUUAAGACAUUACUGACUGCCGUUACUUCCUAUUGUUAGGUAGCAGAACUCUCAAUUGCACACCCUACUUAUGUUUAUGGUAAUUUUGAACACAGUAUCAUAUUCACCUGUUCUGUCUGCAUUUAUGGUAAAAGGGUAUCUUUCAUCUAUGUGUUAUUUGGCUGGUGAUAUAAGUUAAUGAUGGAAUAAUUGCUACAUGUGGGUCACUGUGAUUAUUCCUUAUCUUGCUUGCUCCUCCCAUGCUUUACACUGUUUCUCUUUAUAACCUUAGUUUAAGUCAUAAGAGCGUAACACCAUAUGUAGACAGCUUCCUCGCAAUAGAUAUAUAGACCUGGUCUUGCUACAGAAACUCACUCCCUUCCCAACAUAUGAGAAUUAUAACUUCCAAUACCAAAUGUCAGGGGCCCUGGUGUCUAUAUGCAGUUCAAGAGGUCUGACAUCCUGUUAACCACGCUAUUAUGUUUUGUAAGGUAUACCCCAUCUAUUUAUAUUAUGGAUCUUUCACAGAUACCAAGUCACCAAUUGCCGCCAGGAUUAUAGCUCAUAUUUAACUCCUAUAUGGGAGUCUUGCAAUUUACUUGAUCCUUAGAACCCCUCACUAUAUAUAUACGCCACCACAGGUAGUUUGAGAGAGAUAUCUUUACAAGCAGUUUGUUUAUGUGUUCUAACCACUUUGGAUAGCUCAUAGUGCCUUAUGUUUUGGCUCUUCUAUCCCAUUAAACUGGAUAGUUAUCCCCAUGUACUUCCCCAGUAGUCACCUAAAUAGCACGAUACUACUUAUAGAGCCCAUAUCUGUAACUAUAUAAUAUAUCCUCUAAUAGCCCCAUCCACAUUAUUAAUUUGGCAUUCUAGAUAGCUCCGCCCCUCCAUCCCCCUCUUUAUUUAAUAAGAGCGGCUCUUGUCCGCUGAACUCCUUCUCCCCCUUCUUAACCAACUUGGUCUGAGAGCGACCAAACAAAUACUAUCCCACACUUGCCUCAACUCUAUUAGCAUAAAUAAUUCUAUAAAUUCUCUUCACGGUAAGGCAUGGGCCGCAUUUCUUAUAUAUAAAAUAUAAAACUGAGGUUCCAUUAUUUUGCGUACAAACAUAUUUUCCUAUACUGACAUCCCUGUUUUGCUUGGUUAACUAUAACAAUCACAUAUGCCUCCUACCCGUUGCAAAUAUCUACCUGUUUAUAAGGGAAUUAUGCAUACGGGACAUGGAUGUAUUUUCAAUGAUUAUUGUACUCGUUCUCCUCCAAAGACACUCAGAAUUUACUCCAAGAGCUGUUAUUUCUUUAGUUCAUAACUAUGUUUGUGUAAUAAGGAUGUAUCUUCCAGAAUUAUGCUAUCUUGGUUACCGGAUGAAUAUGUUAUGUAACUUUUCUUACAACCUCAAUAAAAAAUAUUUAAAAUAAAAAAAAA